UCAAACUUGUCAAACAAAUGUCAAGUCUUGAUCGAUGCAAAAUUGCAAAAACAUUUUCAGGAAACACAAAUUUUAGCCAAUAUUACAUUUAAAUAAUAAUAAUUAAUAUUAUUUGCUCACCAAUUUUGUUUCCAAUUGAAAAACUACAUAAUAAAACGGGGUCUAUCAUUUUUACAUAGUUACUUUGGAAGAUAACCUAAAACGUAGCUAGCGGUCGCCGAAGUUUAUUAAAGUUACCAUCAUGAAGCUUAUAACACAUAACAUGCUAACAUCGAAGUGUUUGAAGGGAGUAAUGACAGGUUAUCCUUUAGCAAUAAACGCUACUGAUGUGAAAGUAACUGAAGUCGAUUUUAACCCAGAGUUUCUAUCUCGCGUGAUCCCCAAGUUGGAUUGGGAGGUAGUGUGGACGGCUGCCAACAGCAUUGGCCACAGCGAAGGAUUGCCGAGGGCACUAGAACCGAAAUUUGAAGAGAAUGAAGAAUUCCUCAAGAAGGCUCAUCGAGUUUUAUUGGAAGUUGAAGUUGAAGAGGGUCACCUUACAUGUCCAGAAUCAGGACGACAAUUCCCCAUUUCAAAAGGCAUCCCAAAUAUGUUGCUUACAGAAGCUGAAGUACAAUAAAUUUGUUUAGUUAGA